AUGGACAAUUAUGUUGUCGGAGCAGAAUCUGAAAAAGGACCCAUUUACUUGUGCAAAACGCGACAUGAAGGCGAUAUGCUUUUGGGCCAACUGAGACCUGACUACACUGCUUGCACUGUAUCCAGCAGCAAGAGCUACACCGUAUUUGAAGUGCUGGAAAAUAUAGAAAACGCUUCAUUGAUCAUGUGGAAUUCUUGGUACAAAUUCAUUUCCAAACCCAGUGGUGCAGUAGUUGUAGAUUCAUCUCUUGAUUCUGUGUUUAUUGGUAGAGUUAAAGCUGAAAAAAGUUUAUCACACAAUAUUGGCCGGAUCAUAUAUGAAAGCACAGCUGGUAAUUUAAUUACCUUUGACGACCAAAGUAACGAACUGGAAGAAAAUAAAGGCGAAAUUUUGAUUGAAGUUGAACCAAUGAGUUAUAAGUUAGAAAACGUUGAGUUGGACUUGUCCACUCAGCACGAACGCCAGACUGAUCCCCAAAUAUACGAAGAAAGGAUCUUAAGAAACGAUGACGAGGUUGCCGCUACUGUCACUACUGAGAUAGAGUACAAAUAUAAUUACACUUUAUCUUGGGGUCACGGUCAUGGAAUUGCUAUUGGCCUAAAUACAACCAUAGAAAUGAGCGACGGAACCGUUUUCCCACAAAUAGAAUGGGCUAAUCCAUUCUCAGAAGAAAGAAAGGAAUUGUACAAAUUGGAAAAAUAUCUCGAGCCGGGAACCGCUUGCAACGUUACUUUCAGAGGUAACAAUACCGACCGUGACGUGCAAUAUAAGGGAAAAUUAGUUACCUUUUACAAAGAUAACAACGCGCGAUCGAGACAAAUGAGAGGUGAGCGGAUUGAGAACACCGUUGAAGUGGAAGCAAUAUACGGCGAGAUAUACUAUACUGUUAACAACACGCUGGUGCCAACGACGACCACUACCACUUCCACAACCACCACUACUACUACAACUACCACCCAAGCACCGAUGACGCACCCUCCAUCCGUCGAGAAGAACGACGUCGGCAUGAUAAUGGAUAGCAACGACAUUCUAGGUGAUAGCAGUGAAGACAUGGUUAAAGCACCUCCUGCAAAGGAAGAUAUCAAUCGCUCUGUUGUCGGAGGUUUGGGCAGCAAUCCUAAUAAAGCCAAUCGCGACGGAAUGGUUUUCUUAACACUGCUAAUACCAAUGUUUGCCCUAUUUCUA